AUGGUUAGGUUGGCAGAAGAUUUGAAAAAAGAAAGCUCAGAACCUCAUGACCUGACGAGGCUCAAAGUAUGGGUCAAGUCACGAACAAAGAAGGAUGGAACGCCAGUUAAUAUAGACGCCGCAGAUAAGAUUCAAAAGGCGACUAAGUUAGUUGACUCGCAAGACCCGUCAUCAACAUCAUCAAACCCAAAGGAAGAUCUCCUUACUCAGGUUUUAGGACCUGAUAAUCCCGGUCGUUUUAGGGCAAUGGGUAGAGGGAUGAGCAUCAGCAAGUUUGCUUGUUUCCAAAUGAAGAACAAAUACAUGACUGAAAUGCAGCAAACCCAAGUUCACCUGCAGCAACAGGUACAAGAUUUACAAGAGGCUCUUGCGACAAUGAAAAACCAGAGACAUGAAACUGAGGUUGGUGAAAACUCUGCACCAAGAAGCGUGAACAAAAAGUCACAUAUUAAGUGUAUAUUGUACGAUUGGUCUGCCUCUGAUGAAAAAGUUGCGGAGGGUCAUAUACUUUCUUCAGAUCCUGAGGAAUUUGUCAAUGAAAUUCCGUUAGGGCCUAACUCUGUUAAGGUUUUGGUUGAGACUGGCGUGAAGACGGAGGCAUUUCUUUGGAGACCUGCUCCUAACAUGUUUACUGUUGGUGAAGCUGUUGGUGAGAUUAUUGCGUGGCCUCAGAGUUUUACUGCAAUAUUUGAAAAUGAGGAAGCACCAGAAGACAUAGCGCCUAAGAGCCCAAGCAUCAGUUCUCCAAACCUCUGCAAAAUAAUGGACUGGACUAACAAUGAUGAGGAGAUUGUUGCUGAAGGUAGAUGGCAGACACGUGAUCCCAAAGCACUGGUUAAUGGACUUCCUCUUGGUCCAAAUGCUAUUAAGGUAUUUGUGGAUGCAGUCCUAAACCCUGAUACAUUUCUCUGGAGGCCGACAGCCGAGCUUUUAAAUCUUGAAGACUCCUUGAAAUCCUUCGUGGCAUGGCCUGUCAACAAAAUCUCGUUUGUUGGUCAAAAUACAGAACCACCAGUUACAAGCUCCACUGCUGACCUAUCUGCUACAACUCCAAGGCUCCUACGAAGAAAAGCCAACCAACUCCACAAUCGUCUCCUCAGGUAUUUACAAUUGAAUCUGUAUAUAAGUUUUUUGUCCGAAGCAGAUGGCUGUGAGAACCUGAAGUGCAUUCUGAUGGAUGUAACCGGAGAGAAGAGGGUUGUUGCCGAAGGUCGAUGGUCUUCAAACAAUCCAACACAAGUAGUCCACUUCAUUCCUUUGGGUGAAAAUGCAGUUCGAGUAUGGGUUGAUGUGGUCAAGGUGGGUGAUGCAAAGUUGUGGAGGCCAUCUUCUUUUAUGGACUGCAUGGAAGAUGCAAUUGGCACUACCGUAGCAUGGCCGGAAGACAAAAUCUUGAUCGUGAUUAGGUUUAGGGUCAAAGGAAAGUCAAGGGGGAAGCAACAUUUUUCGGGUUUGACUUUGACUUCUCAGCUCGAUCGAGUUGAAGCUUGGCCGGUCGAGUUGAGGAACUCGACCGGUUGGUCGAGUAGGCGGUCGAGCUGGUCUUCAAGAUGGCUUCUCCCUUCUUCCUUUGCGUAUCCAGUUGAGCUGCGUCCAUGUGCCAAGUCCCUCCAUGCUCCUUGUCCCAUAUGCUCCAGAAUGCUCCAAAAGACCUAUUUCAAAGGACCAAACAUGCAUAUGUAUGCAAAUGCAACCUAA